AUUAGUAUACGCACUGAGUGAGGAAGGGGUAGGCUAUAUUUUCAAUGAGGAAAACAGUGUCUGUCAAACGUCACAUGGGGCUGGGACCGAUUGCUUCCUGAAAUGCUGUUCAUCGUAUUUUUUUUAUUCACUACGGUACUAGUAUUAGGCUUUUAAUUCAUUUCUGUAUCGGUUUAUUAUUUCUGCCGCAAUGAUAAGCAAAGUCAAAAAUGCGAUGUCCACGCUGGUGGGUGGAAUGAUGCCCCACGGUCAUCACCAGCACCACGGAUCCGGGAACGUUCACCACCAGAACUGUCACCAGGACGGUCUGCCUCCACGGUUCCCCUACGGUCGACCUGAGUUUCUGGAUCUUACACCAGAGCUUCUUCAAUUCUCGACAGAACAUGCUUCUCGACCGGUGCUGACGUUGAAGAGGGACAGCAGGCUUCCCUGGCGGACGGGAUACGCAGAGACCAUCAAUGCUGGGAAGAGCAUGCUGAAUGAGGACCAGGCGUCCUGUGAGCUGCUGUACGUGAAGAGGCUGAGCAACAAAAAACAGCGUAACUCCACACUGCUGGACGACAAUGGGGACGGCACAGGGAUCCCACUGCAGUACUGGGGCGUGUUCGACGGCCAUGCAGGUUCAGGGUGUGCCAUCAUGGCAUCUAAACUCCUCCAUCGCCUCAUCAGAGACAGACUGGGGGACAUCGCCCACCUGCUGGAGAACCCCUCCGUGACRGCCCCUAUCUGCCUGGCCAAGAACGGCAGCCCCUACCAGCUGGAGGUGAAGAAGGGAGCAAAUUCCACCCAGGACCCAGAGGACCCUAAUGCCAUCACUGACUCCUCCAUCCGCUUCCACAUGGAAAAGACUGUCAGUCUGGAGAGUCUGAUCAUGGGCAUCAUAGAAAACGCCUUCAAACAGAUGGAUGAACUGAUAGAGAAAGAGAAGACGUCCUUUACCAUCUCUGGUGGAUGUUGUGCCUUGGCUGCCAUCCAUUURAUGGGGAAGCUCUAUGUUGCCAAUGCAGGAGACAGCAGAGCCAUCAUCAUCCGUAACAAUGAGGUCAUCCCCAUGUCCAACGAGUUCACGCCCGAGUCCGAGAGGCAGCGCCUGCAGUAUCUGGGCUUCCUGAGACCGGAGCUGCUUGGGAAUGAGUUCACACACUUGGAGUUCCCUCGCAGAAUCCAGCACAAGGAGCUGAGCAAGAAGAUGCUCUUCAGGGACCACACAAUGAACGGCUGGGCUUACAAGACCAUCAUAGAAGACGACCUCAAGUUCCCGCUUAUAUAUGGAGAGGGUAAAAAGGCCCGUGUCAUGGCCACCAUUGGGGUAACACGUGGCCUAGGGGAUCAUGACCUGAAGGUGUACAACUCCAACAUCUACAUCAAACCCUUUCUCUCCUGCUGCCCAGAGGUGAUAGUGUACGACAUGUCUGAGUACAACCAUGGCCCGAAUGACGUGCUGGUGAUGGGUACAGAUGGGCUGUGGGACGUGACCACAGACAGGGAGGUAGCAGACGCAGUUUCAGGCUUCCUGUCCUGCUGCGAGCCCACUGAUCCUAUGAGAUACACACUGGCCGCCCAGGACCUGUUGAUGCGGUCGCGAGGKGUCCUGAAGGAGAGGGGCUGGCGGUUACCCAAUGAGAGGCUGGGAUCAGGAGACGACAUCACUUGUUAUGUGAUCCCCUUGGCGGGACCGGCAGGGCCCGAGACAGAGACAUGACAGGCCUUGUCCCACCACCCUACCAGGAGAGGACUAACUCCCUAGGACCGACCAGGGUCAAUCCUUMCCCCUUACCCCUUACCCCMUCUACCCUGGGGGAAGGGUGAAGAAAACACCUCCCUUUUAUAGGGAAGCCUCAGGUUGGAGAGCUGGCUGUUGACACCUGUCAACCGGCCCAUCUUCCUGGCUUCUGGAACAACCCACUGGGCUCUAAUUAUUGUUUUUGUUUGGUACUCAUGUAACAGGUGUUUAAUGACAUUAGCUGACUGACCGAAAACACGUCCAUUUCUGAAACCUGCUCUUUUUGAUCGCUACUUAACGAGAACCCUCCCCCUGUAGUUUCAUGUUUUAAUCUCUCUCAUUUAUUUUCUGAUAAUUGCAGCAGGAUUGGUUUGGCCAUAUUCUGAUAGAAGUGCUUGGUUAGUCUUUCUAAAUACCUCCUUAUUACCUUAUGACCCCCACAUGUGAUUUAUAGAAUGCUAAAUUCCUAAAAUAAUCUAAUUUAUUGCUUGUGUAGAGUACAGUAUGACAGGUGGAGGUAGAUGGCCUGGCACAUAGUCUAACAUCAAAUAGCAUKACUGAUAGCAAUUGAGGGACUAGCAUCACAUAGGAGUGAUGCCACUGCUCAGAAAACAGUGGAGCUCUGUGACAAAAUAACUACAGUCGUGGCCAAAAGUUUUGAAUGACACAAAUAUUAAUUUUCACAAAGUCUGCUGCCUCAGUUUGUAU